GAUGCUUUUCCUACACACCCUUCUGUCCUAGAAGGUUUUUCUCUUGGAUUCGGAUGCUCUUUUGCACCAUCUAGACGUAAAAACCUAGGAUUUCUGUUGGGAAAAUGCCCUUUCAUCUGGUUUCAGCCUGGAACAAGCGACGAAGAAGCAAGUCCUAUGAUACGGAUCCGUGUAUGUUUCUUUUCUCCAUCAUCUUCACUCGAUGGCGUAAAAGGGUCUACAGACCAGCCGAGUUCUGGAAAAUUGAAGACCAACAGCCUCAGCCAAGGAAACGGAGACAUGGCUCAUCAGUUUUCACCCUCAAAGAAAUGGAAGAGGCCACAUGUUCCUUCAGUGAUGAGAAUCUGCUUGGCAAAGGAGGCUUUGGUCGAGUUUACAGGGGUAUUCUUAAAACAGGCGAGGUUGUUGCCAUCAAGAAAAUGGAUCUACCGCCAUUUAAAGAGGCUGAUGGAGAACGGGAAUUCCGUGUGGAAGUGGAUAUCUUGAGCAGACUAGAUCAUCCAAAUCUGGUUUCGUUAAUCGGUUAUUGCGCAGAUGGAAAGCACCGUUUCCUAGUAUAUGAAUUCAUGCCAAAUGGAAACCUGCAAAAUCAUUUGAACGGAACCAGGAAAACAAUGAUGAGCUGGCCAACAAGGCUCAAAAUUGCACUUGGAGCCGCGAAGGGGCUCGCUUAUCUCCAUUCAAGUUCUGCUGUCGGGAUUCCGAUUAUCCAUAGAGAUUUCAAAUCUACUAAUGUUCUAAUAGAUUCCAACUUCAAUGCAAAGAUAUCAGACUUUGGGCUAGCAAAAUUGAUGCCAGAAGGGAAGGAGGCCUGUGUCACCGCAAGGGUUCUUGGAACAUUUGGCUAUUUUGACCCAGAAUAUACAUCGACAGGAAAACUUACUUUACAGAGUGAUGUAUAUGCGUUUGGGGUGGUGCUGCUAGAGCUGCUUACAGGGCGGAGAGCAGUCGACUUACAUCAAGGGCCAAAUGAACAGAACCUGGUGUUACAUGUUAGGAAUAUAUUGAAUGACCGAAGAAAACUCAGGAAGGUUAUAGAUCCAGAGCUACCACGGAAUUCAUACAGCAUGGAAGCCGUAGCUAUGUUUGCUGACCUGGCAUCUCGCUGCAUUCGAAUUGAAGGCAGCGAGCGACCCUUGAUAAUGGAUUGUGUCAAGGAACUUCAACUAGUAAUUAUCUGCACAAACUCUAAGGGUGGUUUGGGUGGGACGAUUCCUACGUUCAGAAGGCCCUAGAAAGGCAGAAUUUUCCACCUUGAGAGCUUAAGGAUAGAAGCUCGGUACAGAUGAACAAGAUAUUCUUAUUUAAGAGAAGAGCUGUUUAGAUUUGCUGCCGGCGGUCAACCUAUAUGAGAUGGAUUUAUAUUUGAAUGUAUAGUAUAGAGAUGUAUUGAGUCAAACCACACAUUUCAUUCUACGGUUUCCUGUAUCCUAUUGCAGACUGUUUUCUAAAAGAUAAGUGUGUAUACGAGUUUCCUGUA